CCCUCCAGGCCCCGAGGGGUCCUCGCGCCCCCCAACUGCCCCCCCAGCCCGGGACCCCGCGCACCGGGGCAUCGGGGCCGCCGCGCCCUCCGUCUGAGCCCCGGCGACGUGGCAGCGCCGGGUCCCCUGUGCGCACGCCCCCGCCGUGACUCAGUUUCCCCAGGGGCCCCGGGGCGCCCUGCGCCCCCCUCCUCCCUUCGCCCUGCGACAGCGCGGCGACCCCAGCACAGGGACCCCAGCGCAGCCCGUCGAUCACCAUCUCCAUCCCCAUCGCCAGGUGCGCCUGAGCCAAUGCCCGCCCGCCCUGCCUGCAGCCUCAGCCCAAUGGCGUGGUGACCCUCCCGGCCCCGCUCUGGCACCAUGUGGGCCAACGGCAGCUCCCUGGGGCCCUGCUUCCGGCCCAUGAACAUCACGCUGGAGGAGCGGCGCCUGAUCGCCUCCCCCUGGUUCGCGGCCUCCUUCUGCCUGGUGGGCCUGGCCUCCAACCUGCUGGCCCUGAGCGUGCUGCGGGGCUCGCGGCCGAGCGGCAUGUCCCCCCGGUCCUCUUUCCUCACCUUCCUCUGCGGCCUGGUCCUCACCGACUUCGCGGGGCUGCUGAUCACCGGUGCCAUCGUGGUGUCCCAGCACGUGGUCCUCUUCGACUGGCAGGCCGUGGACCCCGGCUGCCACCUCUGCCACUUCAUGGGUGUCAUCAUGGUCUUCUUCGGCCUGAGCCCGCUGCUGCUGGGGGCCACUAUGGCCUCGGAGCGUUUUCUAGGCAUCACCCGGCCCUUCUCGCGCCCGGCGGCCGCCUCGCCGCGCCGCGCCUGGGUCACGGUGGCGCUGGUGUGGGCGGCGGCACUGGCGCUGGGCCUGCUGCCCGUGCUGGGCCUGGGCCACUACACCGUGCAGUACCCCAGCUCCUGGUGCUUCCUCACGCUGGGCGCCGAGCCGGGCGACGUGGCCUUCGGCCUGCUCUUCGCCCUCCUGGGCGGCCUCUCGGUGGGCCUGUCGUUUCUGCUCAACACCGUGAGCGUGGCCACGCUGUGCCACGUCUACCACGGGCAGGAGGCCGCCCAGCAGCGCCCGCGGGACUCCGAGGUCGAGAUGAUGGCCCAGCUCCUGGGCAUCAUGGUCGUCGCCAGUAUCUGCUGGAUGCCGCUGCUGGUCUUCAUCGCGCAGACGGUGCUGCGGAGCCCGCCGGCCAUGAGCCCGACCGGGCAGCUGGCGCGGGCCACGGAGCGGCAGCUGCUCAUCUACCUGCGCGUGGCCACCUGGAACCAGAUCCUGGACCCCUGGGUGUACAUCCUGUUCCGGCGGGCGGUCCUCCGGCGCCUCCACCCCCGCCUCAGCACCCGGGCCAGGUCGCUGUCCCUGCAGCCCCAGCUCUCCCGCAGGCCCACCAGGCAUUAGGCGUGGGCGGACCCCAGCGGCGGCUCUGGAAGGACAGCCGGACGGAGCGCGCUGCCCGCGUGUCCCCCUUGACCCUCCUCACGUCACGUCGCCCGUCCUGCAGUUCCAGGAGCCCAGGGUGCGGGAUGGACAAAGUGUGCAGGGUUGGGGGCUGCCUGCCACCCGCCCUGGGGACCCUCAACUCCUCCCUGGUCUCCUUUUCCAAACCUCCCCACUCUGAGUCCCCUCCCCGACCCAGGGCAGACGGUGGGCGUGCUGGGAGGGUGUCUGCAGGAAAUUAGACUGGCGAGCCUCUCCUUCCAGAAAUCCUCAGAAAUGGGGGGCUCUGACCGCUGAACAUGACCUGCUUACUGGGGUACAGCUGAUAUCCUUUGACCCCCCCCCAGCCCGAGAAGGCUCUGUCUAGAAAAGAUUGAAUGUGAACAGGCGGGACACCCCCUCUCUUGACAAAAUAUAGCUCCAGCCUGGCUUCAUUGUCCUUCGGGUCCGGAAGUCGUCAAUCAUCGUACAUCCUUGAAGUUUCCUGCAUCCGGUUGCUAAGCAACUGCAUCCGGGGAGGGCAGGACCCGGGCGGUGGGGAGGGGCCAAGAGGACGGGCGGGGUUCUGGCUCCUCCCCCGCCUCGGGUAUUGAGUCUUUACAGGGGGGCGCUCGGUAAAGACCGAUCCAGUGGACGAACGACCGAGCACAUGCGCAAUGAGCACUUCACGAAGAGCCUGGCACACA